AUGUACUUCUCGACGGCAGCGAUAACAAUUUUCACGGAUUUGGUAAUCCUGGUCAUGCCGAUACCUCAGUUAAUAAAGCUGAACCUCAACCCACGAAGGAAAUAUGCCCUGGUAGCCAUCUUUUUAACAGGAACAUUCGCAUCGGCCGCGUCGAUCGCCCGCCUGAACGCACUAUACAAAUAUACCGUCACCGACGACGUCUCAUACGAUGCCAUCCUGAUCCUCCUCUGGUCGCAAAUCGAGGUGAAUGUCGCCAUCAUCUCCGCCUCCGCGCCCUCCCUCCGACCGCUGUUUAACCGUAUCUUCAAGGGCUCGUCGUACGGGCGACCGCGGCCCUCGAACCCUCCAGGAUAUGGCACGUACGGACACGGCGAAUCUAAUUAUCGACGUACACUCACUCACGGAAAGAGCCACGGUGCGAUCGAGCUCACUUCUCGUGAUGACGAUGCGGAUACUGCCAGAGUGCACGGUGUUACUCGAUCCAGCUCACGAGCUCGAGAGUUAGUCGAAGAGAAUGAUAGCCGAGAGCACAUACUCGACCAGGAUGCAAACAUUGUGAAGACGGUCGUGAUAGAGAUGAGGAGCGAGGGUAGGACGUGA